AUGGGAGAGAUAAAUGGCAUGUCGUUGUUAUAUGACCAGCUGUAUUUACUAUUUGAUGACUAUAUUGUAAAAAAUAUAAAACAUGUUAAUACAUAUAAAUCUAUUUUUCUCAAAAAAGAAUUCUGCGAGUUUGUGAAAAAUCACGGGAAUGUGGCAACAAGGCGAAAUGAAUUAAUAACGAGUAAAGACGAAAUCAUAGACGAGUUGAUUUAUGCAUUUAAAAUGUUUGGAAAAUACAUCAACACUUGUGAUAUGUUUUCUGAAAACGAGGAAGUAGAUGAUAUUAGUACCAAGUCUUUGAAAUUUUUACUCAUUCCUUAUAUACUAGGGAUUUUGAGCUAUGAAACUGUUAAUAUGGACAUACGAUAUGAUAGAUUGAAGGACUCAAAAUUAUAUUUUAAUGAAUUUAUUAGUAUAAUCAAUAUUUACAAAAUAAUUCAAAUGAAUGAAUACCUAUUAGAUAAGGACGAAAAAGAGAUAAACGAAAUGAACAGAAGGAACAUAAAAGUUAAAAGGGCAAAGGAUGAAAAAAAAUAUCAAGAUAUGUAUGAUGAAAUUACGAAAAUAAAAAUAAAAAAAGGCACUACUCAAAAUUACAACCCAUCCAUUUCUUCUUAUGACACGGAGGAUGAAGAGCACAGGGAAAUGUAUCUGUCUUUGAUAAAACACAAAUGUAUACAAACAUUGAAUACUAUAGACUUAAUAGAUACCGAAUUGCAAGUUUUGGAAAUGCGAAACAGGGAACUGGUGCAAAAGAGUGGAAAACACCCAAAUGAUGGUGGAGGAGGAUGUGUUAAUAACAAUAAUGAUAAUAGUCGCUUGAAUGACAAUCAAUACGGAACGAUAAGAAAACCUUGGCUUUUUACAAUAAAAAAAAAUAUGCAAAUUUCAGAUAUGACUGAAAUAAGAAACUACUACAGAGAUCUUGUUUUCAGACCAGCACACAACUUACCAACAAUUUCUUUAGAAGAAUGUGCCAAAGUUGAAAUGGAAUAUGCGCUUAAGGGAAGUGGUGUCGCCAACACUAACAAAAAAAACGGAGAUAAUAAUACACUGAGCAAUGAAGACCAAAACGGAGUUAUCAAAAAUGACAUCAAUGAUGAUGACUACUAUAAAAAAUGCUCCAAAGAGGAAAACGAAAAAGAUAUUAUGGAUAGAGAAUGGGAUGACUGGAAGGAUUUGCACCAAAAGGGAAUAGGAAAUAAAAACAGAAAUGUUGCAUAA